AUGCUGCUCUUUCGCUUUUACUUUUUGCUGCUCGUGGCCUGGUCUUGCUCGGCUGGUCCGAUCUCUCGUUCUGCUGUUCUUGAUGACCAUCCGCCUUAUGUAUCGCCAGCUGAGACACCUGUUUCUACGGGUACGAAGAGGCUGGCUGUCCGCGAUGAGGGGGAAUUAACGAUCGUACCUGUUACGCCGUCUUGGAUACUUUCGUCGAAUACCGCAAAGACGGCUACUGUCUCUACUAGUACUUCCAUGAUGCCGGUGACUGAGGAACAGAGUAUUGAGACUCAAAGCAUAUCUGUGACGCCGUCCUCUUUGGCUACCCCGAAGGAAGAAGUUACAUCGGCUUUUACCUCGGAGUCGAAAAGCUCGCUUUCUACCCUGUCUUCUGUGAUUCCGACAACUGUUUCCACUGCUACAUCUUCGAUUCUAAUCUCAGGAAAUGGCGAUCAUGUGGCAACCUCGGCUGUUGUUCACACAACGUCGAGACGUAGUGCAACUCAGGCAAAAUCGAGCGAAUUUCUUCACACAACUUCACCUUUAUCUUCUCCAUCUUCUCCUUCUUCUUCCUCGUCUUCUUCGUCUUCUUCGUCUUCUUCGUCUUCUUCGUCUUCGUCUUCUUCGUCUUCGUCUUUUUUAUCUUCAAGCAUUAGCAAAAGCGCCUCAUCAAAGGCUUCUUUCAAAAGCGAAGACUCCACGUCGCUCAUUUCAUCUUUUGGUUUAUCUCAUACUCCGACUUUCUCUUCGGAAAAGGCGUCACCAACUAUGACAUCACACCAUAUAACAAGAACAUUAACGAAAACAAUAUUCCCUAAUGGAGUCACUCGCAAAGCUUCACUCCAAGGCAAGACCUCCACGACAUCCGAUAAAUGUGAGGGUUGCUGGACUACCACGACCACUAUCUGGUGGAACGCCACCACUGCAACGACGACGCCAUCCAAAACACAAAAAUCAACUCAUAUACGGACAUCGUCUAGAGCACUGAUACCGACCAAGACAGCAACACUCUCCAAAACACACACACCAACUCAAACAUCAAUACUGUCACAGAAUAGAGUAUGGCCAUCCAGCACCUCAGUCUACUUCGUGACAGGCAGCGUAAUCGAAUAUGUCUCCUACGAUCAAUCAACACCAUACUCCACAAGCAUAAUCAUUCCAUCAUCCACACAGUCCCCGAGCAAGUCUUCAGACACAGAGAUAUCCUUGACAUCAAUCAAGGCAGCAGUUUCUUCCCCAACUACUCAAUCCACGUCGUCAACAGUCGAAGAAUUGGAGACCGUCGUCACGGUUCACGCAACGAAAACGGCAAAAGUUACAAUCACGCAGCCUGGUCGUACAAUUACUGAGACUGAGAGCCCUGUAACAGUUACUGAAUCCCCUGUUACAGUUACUGAGUCCCCGUUGACGGUUGUUGUUAUGGAAACACCCUUGGAAACUUACACACUUGGUGUUCAGACUUCUGCUGAGACACCGACAUCAAUCGCUACUUCGUCUUUAUCGGAGAAGACCUCAUCUUCUGCUACGGCUCUCUUUUCCUCUACAAUUGUGUAUCCCUCUACUACCAUGCACACAUCUACCGUCAUGCAUACCUCAACAACAGUGACAACAUCAACAGCUGUGGAGACAUCGACAUCAACAGCAGCAGUCACAAAAACAGCCACAAGGACAGAAACAGAAACCGAGACUAAGAUUGGAACAACCAGCUCAGAUGAUGGCUUAGCUGUUGUUCCUGUCACGCCCAUAGUCAUUACCACGACAAAGACUGUUACUGUGACUGAGGCUACGGCUACGGUGACUACAACAGUGACUAAAACAUAG